UUCAGAUUGCAUCCCCGUGUUCUGCGGACAGUCGCGCGGUCAGCUCCAGCAUCCCGAUUUAGGACUUAUUUAGAUGGGCUAAAGAGCAGCAACUUUUGCGAACAUUUUAAAAACAUUAUUCAAACUUUAGAAGGAGAUGUUGAUUCGUUUCAAAUACGAUUCUAAUGCAGCUGCAGAUUCUGGAACAACGAAACGUGUACCUAGCAUCUUGUUUUAUCUUCUUUCAUAGAGAUCUUUUUUUUCAAGUUCGUGUUAAACUUGGAAACACUCCGGUGGAAAACUAGGAAUUUCAUUAGAAAGUUAAAGUAGUAGGGUGUCCUGUCCUCUACUUCUUUUAAGUGACUUGGCUAAGUAUCGUAUCCCUUUAUCUUAGUGGUGUUCCCGCGCGCGCAUGAGUAUGCACAGCGAGUAUCUGUUCGCUUUUUUUAAUUUCUCCGUUUUGUUGCGAGUCCUUGCGGCUCACGAAUGCACGCCAUGUGCACGCCGAUCAUGCCCGAAUAUUACUCCACAAACCUGCGAGGACGGACGCGUACUGGCCAGAGACCCAUGCGGAUGCUGCGAUCAGUGCACGCGGCUCGAAUUAGAGCUCUGCGGUGGCCAAGAUUGGACGCUCGGCUAUUGUGGUUUGGGACUCACCUGCGCUGCCGUCAACCGGACAGGUGUGGUAUCCAUUCCCGAUAUAGGAGUAUGCAAAGGGCUCCCAGGUGGCACGGACUUUGAGGUGGCAGAUGAACGAUGCCCGCUGGUGAGCGGGUGUGAGCGCAUAGCUGGAGAGUGUGUGUGUGAGGCCAAAAACUCCUGCACUGCCUCCUUCAGCUACUCGAGCAGAGAGGCAUGCACCCGCGCCUCCAGAACAGAGGUCCGGCGGCGUGAACGGGAGCACAGAGCCAGGCAUGGGGAGAAGUCUGGGGCACUCUUCCACCCAGCAUGCACCUUCUCUGGCUGUAACCUCACUGCCAGCGGCUGCCAGUGUGCCUCCCACAGCUGUCAGUCACACUUCACCUAUGCCAAUCUCAGCCAGUGCCAGCUCGUAGCAGUGGAACUGAAGUGUGCUGGGGUGACGUGCCCAACUCUGCCCAUGCCCAACUGCCCACCAGACUCAGUACUGACCCGUGGCUACACGCCCCCUGCAGGCUGCUGCCCCACAUUGCCAAACCAGUGUACCUGUGCACCGUGCUCCACCCAGCCAGAGUGUCCCAGUGGGCACAAGGCAGUGGUCAUCAAUGAGGGCACCGGGGCGCCAGGCAACUGUUGUCACACCUAUGACUGCCAGAGAGUUUCACCCAGGUGUGUGCACAAUGGAAAGGAGUACAAAGAAGGUGAAGUGUACCGCAUGGAGCCCUGCUGGCUCUGCCAGUGUCGAGGAGGUAUCUCCUUCUGCUCCAAGGCUGAAUGUGCCGAGCUGGACUGCGAAAACUUCUAUAUCCCAGAGGGGGAAUGCUGUCCUGUCUGCAUAGAUGUGGAACUAGUGUCAAUGGGCAGCGCCAAGGUGAGCUGCUGGAUGAACCACAAGCUGCGGCAGCGUGAGGAGCAGUGGAAGGAGGACGACUGCACCUUCUGCCAGUGUGUGGACGGGGAGCCCCACUGCACUGCCAUGGCCUGCAAACAGAGCUGCCACAACCCAGUCAAGAUCCCCGGGGAAUGCUGCCCCUUCUGCGAGGAACCCUCCUAUGAGACGGUGAGCCCAUUAUUGUGUCCCCCACUGGAAAACUGCUCCCUGUCAGGACAAGACUGCCCAUUUGGCUUUCAGCAGGACAACAACGGCUGCCUACUGUGCCAGUGUCUCAGCAAUGACUCCUGCACUGAACUGUCCAAGUACUGCACCCUGCAGUGCCCUAUGGGAUACAGGAAGGAUGACUUUGGAUGUGAAGUAUGCAAGUGCAGUAUGUUGACCAGGUGUAGACCUCUGACCUGCAGCAAGACCUGCCCGUAUGGAUAUAUGAGGAACAAGCACGGCUGCGAGAUGUGCCGCUGCAUAAAGUGCCCCCCCUUUACCUGCGAAAAGCAGUGUCACCAUGGCUACAAGCAGAACCGGAAGGGAUGUGGUGUGUGCCUUUGCAAAGAGAGCGAGCCUGCCCUUAGCACUCCCGCACCCCCCCCGCCGGCUCGCUACUGUCUGAGCGCGAGCGGGCAGCGUCUGGAGGAGGGUGAGAGCUGGCAUGAUGGUUGCCGGGACUGCUACUGCAACGCUGGCCGUGAGAUGUGCAUCCUGAUCUCCUGCCCCGUGCCUACCUGCGCUCACCCUGUACUCAGGCAUAACCAGUGCUGCCCCACCUGCGAGGGUAUGGAUGAGCUAGUUUGGGUGUCUGAUACAGAGGAGUCAGGCAGCGGGCAGCCUGAGGGAGUGGACAUGGUGGUGUGCCGAGCGCCAGGCGGGGGACUUUACGUGGAGGGGGAGACGUGGAACCUGGAUGCCUGCACCCGCUGCACGUGCAGACAGGGCCGUGUGCUGUGUGACACGGAAAUGUGUCCCCCCACCCUGUGCCACGUUCCGACCCGGGGCAAGGACACCUGCUGCCAUGUCUGCCCAGAGGACGUGCUCAGUCCCCUACUCCCGGUUAACACCAGCCAACGAGAUUACUGCAUCUCCAGCGACGGUGAUGUCCUAUUGGCCGGGGAUUCGUGGAAACCUAAUGCCUGUACCAGUUGCGUCUGCAACAACGGGACCAUUCAGUGCUUCUCGCAGCGGUGCCCAGUGGUGAGAUGCAGGGUGCCAGUUCUACGCAAGGGCCAGUGCUGUCCACGCUGCCUGGAGGUCACAACAGCUGCAGUGCCAAUGAUGACAUCUACCACAACAGGCACAGCCAACGAAACCGCUACCAUGGGUGAAAGCGGUUUUGUUCAGAUUACCAUGCACACGAUCCCUCCCGUUGUGGCAGUUACAGGUUCAAGCCAGGACUACCCAAGCCUGACAGAAAUGUCCCUCAUCUACCAAUCAGCAGCCUGGAUUCUGGCUGGCCUCCUCUUGGCUAUAGUCAUUUUCCUCAUUGUGGCAGUUCUCAUAAACUACAAGAAGAAGUGGGUCCAGAUGUCCUGCUAUAGCGCACCCAAAAAGACUGUGAUCCUGAAGAAGCACGUGAAUAAGAACUCUGUUGUGUACAUGGAACCGUCCAUGGAGAACAAGUUCCAGAGCAUGAAGAGCGACUGUAGCCCACCCUUCCCCCUGGAGGCGAGCAUGCACUGCGGGGGGCGCUUCAGCAUCCCACGGGCUAAACUCGACAACAGCCACGCCAGGGUCCCACAUUAGAGCCGCCCCCCCCCCAAAACACGGCGCUCAGGUCAGGACCAUGGGACGUUUCUUUUCAUCUCACUCAAGUUUCUCACACCAUCCAUGGACAUCAUGUGAGAAGCUCACACUACAUGCUGAGGAUCCUUCUGCUCUGCUGCCAAUUCACUUAAAGGCUCUUUGGUCUCAGAUGAGAAAAGUGUUGUGAAACGUGUAAUGUCUUGUUUUAUUAUAUAGUUCUCUUUUUUGCCUCUAGGACCAUAUUUUGGAGCUUUAAAGUCUCCUCAGAGCCAUCUCAGGAGCAAAGCAGAGGGAAAUGCUGUACUUUAAUGGAUGUGGAUGACUCCACAUCUAUGCUGAGCAAAUGGCUUAAAAGUUAUGGACCUUUGACUAGGAACAUCACCAGAUUAUUGCCUCUUUAAAGACAGCUACACUUACUUUUAAAAUGUCCAUCUUCAAAACAUGCUUUAGGUCAGGAGUUCUGUUCCAAGGGUUAACGGCAAACUUGGCUGGAUGUCUAUUUACUGUGACACCAUUGGAGUGAGUCAAUUGCUUGGCUGACUUACUUUGGCAGGAUAAAAAUAGCUGGGCCCUACUAUGACUGAACUGUAUUUAUUACACUCAAAAUAACUGUCCCCGCAAGAGGAGGAAGAAUUUGCCCAACCUCUGGUUUACAUCUAUUCAUCUUUUACUUGUAUUACCUAUAGUCUUACACCUAGCCACUUCUAUGCUUUCUGUUACAGCUUCCUCUCAAGUGGUAAGACACAGAACCCAGGCAAGGAUGAGAUGGCGUAAUAGAAAAUAAACCAUCUUUAAUACUGGAAAGACAUGAUUGAAUCUGCUUUUACUAAGGAAAUAAGUAAAUACUCUUUUAUACAUUUCAGUCAUUGUGAGCUAGUUGGCAUCAAUACAACUACUACACUGACUACCAUGAACUUCAAAGAACAAAAUGAACUUUGUCUUGCAUUUCAGUCUGGUGUGCUAGGCCAGCACCAUUUCUUUUACUUUUGGCUAUAGCAUAUUUGAUGUAGGCAAAACAACUGAAAAGCCAGUCCAAAUGCUUGGGUAUAAUGGUUAAAUUACAUCCAGUAUUUAUACCUACAUCAUGUAAUGACCUGAUUAUGUCAGGUCUGUAGCAUUACUGUCCAUGAGACUAAAGGAGGAGCACCUUGAUUACAGCAUUUCUUAUAGGAUCAACUGUUUACCAAAUAGUCAUGAAAUAUUCCUGAAAGGAGUGGUGUAUGGACAGGGAUGUUAUGCAUUUCUAUAAAGAUAAUAACAUUGCAAAAUCUCAGUGUUUAUGUUUGGUGCAAAAGCCCAAAAUUUAUGAGCAUUAAAUAACAGAUAUUAAUAAGAUUCUGGACCCAUUUUUUAAAAAUUUGCAUCCUGUCAUAAGGAGUGUUGCAAUUAGGGGGCUGACAGUGGGAAUGGAGACAGGAUAGACAAAGCAGUGAGAAACGUUUAGGCUGUUUAGAAUCACAGCUGUUGGAGGCCAUAUGCAGUUCAUAUUUCCUAACUGUAAAAAAGGUAGAUAAACCAUAGAUGAAGAGUACCUUAUUUAUUUUUUCACAUAGUUUAUUUAUUAAUACUAAACUCUAGUUUGAGUAACGGAAAUGUGUGGCAUUUGGAUGUUGAUGGAAUACUAGUAGCCAAAGCUGCUGUACCUUUGAUUUUGUAAACCAUUUCCAUUUUUAUCUGCUUUGUAUUCUUUAUUCUUAUUUAUUUUUCUUUUUGCUUAUUGUAAAUACAUAUUUCGCAGAUGUUUAUUGCAACAUUUACACAUUUUGAAAAACGUUAUUAAAAUCUAUUGUGUGAUCACUGUCGUGUGA